AUCAGAGAGAAGUAAGGACUUCCUUCAUCAGAUGGUAUGAUGAUCUUUUUUACCUUGAAUUUUGCAGUCGACCUGCCCCUUGGCUUCAUCCUGAUUCCGCUGCACUCGUACCGGCCCUCGUUGCAGGGCGCUUAUCUGGGGAAUAUGACUACUACAUUUGGACACCCGCACUACUUUCAGCUCAGGUACGUGCUUAAUGUCUUGAUGGUAAAUCAAGGGAGAUCGAAGCAAGAAACUAAAUGUCGCUGACCUCCUGCCGACUUUCUGUCCAUGUGCAUCGAGUGGAGCUCGCUCUGGCAUCUGAUACUUUGCUCCGACUUAUAAAAGUGAGUAGGAGAUAUCGAAACUGUCUUCUCAAGCCACCGCACAACAUUCAAACAGCUCUUACACAAUGAAGUUCGCCCUUGUCGUUGCUCUUCUCUCCGCCUUCACCCUCCCAGCGUUCGCAGAACCCGCAUAUGUUACAUGGGACUAUACGUACAGCAACCCUGACGCGUCUCUCAAUAUCGUCUCCUGCUCCAACGGCAAAAAUGGUCUUGUGACCAAGGGGUACACCACCUUUUCCUCCAUCCCUUCAUUCCCCUACAUCGGAGGUGUUCCAGGUGGCGUCUGGAACUCCACCUUGUGUGGUUCCUGCUGGAGCCUCAAGUACGCCACGCCUAGCGGCAGCCAGACUACCGUCUACAUCACCGCUGUUGAUAACUCUUACACAUUCAAUAUCUCACCAGAGGCAUUUGGAGAGUUGACUGAUGGCACUGGCUUCGAGGCCGGCAAAGUCAAAGUUAGAGCUCUUCGGGUUCCCUCGAGCAAGUGUGGCAUGUAGAGACGGGUGUGUUCUCCUUGAUGUUUUGCAAGGCUUGCGCACUGAUUCGAUGUUGAAUCUCGUCCUAGGAAUGUUCUUUGGCAUCGAACAAUGCCUGAAUUGUUCGUGAGUAGAGCAUCUCGCACUUGGGCUGUAGUUCGUUAUUCAAUAAAUAUGGCAAGAGGUACUGAUUUAACUAUUUGUGUCAGCGCACCAAAUGCACCUUGGACCA